CGCUCAGUUCUUCACUGCGCUCCAAGCGAAGCGGAGCUUUUACCAACCGGAUUCACGUCCCCUCCGUAUCUCACUAUCCAUUUCUUCUUCUCUACUACUUUUAUCCCUGUCUCUAUCUCUCUUUUUCACUCUAUUGAAGCUCAACGAGCUUGAUCAUUAUUCAUCAAAAAAGUACAGCCAUUUUCUUCGAAAUAAAUAUAUAUAUAUACAUAUAUAUAUCAUUUAUAUUUUAGAUAUUUCAAUUAUUCAAAAAAAAAGAAAGAGAGAGAAAGAGAGAGAAAUCGUUGUAAGAAGAAGAAAAGGAGGAGGAGGAGGAGGAGGAGGAGGAGGAGGAGGAGGAGGAAGAAGAAGUUUGACACUUCGUCCGUGUCCUCUCCGCGUGCCGGGGACCGGUUCGCGAUCGUUCAAGAGAGGAAGAAAAAGGCAAGAGCAAAGGAGAAAAGCGGAGAAUGUCUGCUUACGAGAAAAAGUCGCUGCAGGUGCUUUAGAGGCGCAAUUUUGAUAGAGAAAACCUCUGGAUCGUUCCGAAAAUCGGGAUAGGUGUAUAUAUAUUACAUAUAUAUAUACGCUAGCAACCCCCUUUGAAGAGAGGCACAGAGGAGGGACAGAGGCUUUUGAAAAAGGAAACGUGCAUUGAUCACCAUGAUUGCGACGAUGUUAAAAGGAUCGACGAGUAUAUCCAGGUGGUUGCUUCUAACAGGACUCCUUUGUAGCGUUGCUUGUCAGAGCGUUCCGUCGUCCUUUGAAAAUAAAACCGAUAUCAAUGACAGCAAACCCCGAGUAUUCUCCCCAAGGAUGGACUACGACGAGUGGACGCCUCUUGGACGGGGUGAUCCACUAAAGAACAAUCCAACCUUCGAUUACGUUCCACCAGUGUUGGAUCGCGUUCAAUACUGGUUGGAUUCUCACACUACAGAAGCAUCAGCGAAACGGGAUAUUCUGGUGCUCGGUGUCACAGCGAAGAAAACGAGCCCUAAGAUACCCGAGCAGUUCUUGAAAUUUGUCGAUGGGCCAAAAUUUACCAGAACGAGUCAAGAUAAUACUUAUAGGAAUGAUUUCACUGGCAGUACUGGUGCCGAACCACCAAAAGUUUUACGUACUACUAACUUUAGAAAUGGUCUUGUCGAUUAUAGAAAUCAAAACAGGAUUCAAGCUGUACCGGCGAGUUAUUAUCCCAGUCCAUAUUAUAAUCAAAAGACCAAACCUUACACGAUGAUGUUACCACCGCCGGUGAUUCAAAAACAAAUCGAACCAUCUACGGUUUUCAAUGGUAUCUUGUCCAAAGAAAAAAUCACCGGUUACGUCGAACCAUCUCAACAAUUAAGUACCCAAACCGAAGAGGGCCCAGUACUUCAGGAUCCUCAGUAUUACGGAAUACCAUCCAAGACUUAUAGCCAGCAUCAUUCUCCUUCAUUACAACCCUCGAGACCUCAAUAUCUUCAAACUCCUUCGAAAUUACCAUCGAAAGGUAUAGGUAUCUCUCAAAUCGAGACCAUCAAAAAUGUAUACACGCCUUUUCCAUCGACAUCGAAGCCAAAGUAUGAUGUUACUACUACACCCUCCGUAUCCUUCGAAAAGUCCAAUCUUAUCUAUCAGUCCACGCAAACGAUCUCCGGUGGAUGGUUGGCUAACAAUGGACCCACUUCAACCUUACCUGAGGUAAAUCAAGUUACAUGGCAAACGCCUGAUCAUUUACGAGAUCAUUACGACACUGAUCAUCAUGUGGCAGCUUCCUCUAAUCACGAAGUCGUUGUUGGUCAAAAUGCGAACAUAAUUGUGGAUGGUGAGAAUAACGAGAAAGAAGAGGUUAUUGUAGGUGAGAAGGGUGGUACUGCUUCUUUUGACGUUCCGUUUUCAUCUUCUCCGGUAAUCCCAUCAGAGACAAUACCUUCAAAUUCAACUUCCAAUUUUGAUACGGAAGAGAUUGAAGAAGAAUCGCUGGAGAAGACUUCUCCAAAAAUGCAUAUUGUCGUGGCCAAUUCACCUUCCACCAUUGAUUCCGAGACACAAAAUAAAACUCCUGUUGCUGUUAUUAUGCCAACCAAUUACAUCAAUAAACAUAAUAUGACAGUUUCUUUAUCAACGGAGUCACCUAUUAUUUUGGUUAACGUUUCAGAGAGCUUGACUUCAGAGAUGGAAAAAGCUCAGCAAACGACCAAGUCGCAAAUACAAACGAAUACGAUGACAAGUUCGUUUACGUUCUUGUAUGGUCCAUCGACUCCUUCAUCGACGCCGAACAGAAUGAUGCCUAAUCAGCAUCAUCAAAUUCCUCAUCAAUCUGUAUCAUUAUCUAUGACACCUUCUCGACAUAUUAAUAAUCCAACACAUAUGUUUGGAUCGGUUUCGUCUAUGCAUUCUCCACAAAGACCUAAUCAUGGUAUGAUGCACUUCAUUGGUAGUAUGCGUCCGAAUGUUGGUUUUCGACCACCACCGCCCAUGACUAUGUCGCAUAUUGCACCACAUAUGUCACAUAUGCAUGCAUCAGCGAUGAAGGGUAUGAUGGGACCAACAGGCAGCAUAGAUCAAACUCAUCCACGACCACCGCAAAUGCAGUCCGGAUUUCCAGGCUCGUUCACAAGUCUUCCUGCACCUUCCACUUUAACUCUACAAACUGUCGAUGCGGAAGAUGAAACAGUCAAUCGUUAUCAGGCUAGUGGUGCAUCCGAAAUUACGACGACAUCCACAUCCUCUCCUUUGACCUCCACCGUUCCAUUUAUGCACGAACUAUCUUCCAGCACUAGUGCAAAGAAUUCUGACGAGGAAGAGAUCAAUCAAUCACCUUUGGCGAUGCUUUUUGCCGAGGAGGAAACCUCAAAGAAGCAAUCCACGAUAACUCCUGAAUCUACUACUGUUAUUCCAUCGCAAACAACAACAGUGCCAAGUUUGACAACGGAUCCAAUAUUUUCACAUUAUAAACAACCGGCCAAACCUAUUAAAGGUCCUAUGUAUCUUAUUAUUCAGGGCCACUCCAAAGUUAAAACAUAUAAACCGACCAUUAAUAAACAUGGUAUACCGGUUCAUAAUGAAAUUGUGGAAAGUGCGACGGAAAGGCCAUUAUCAAAAUUUGAACAACUGAUCAUCGAAAACACGAAGAAUGGUAAGGUAGAUAAAAGCGCGGAAGAGAAAAAAAAAUUAGAAGAGAAGAUUCGUGCUGAGAAACGCGCAUCUACUAGCCAAGAUAGUUUGAUGAGUCUUGUGGAAAGCGGAUUAGGUAGUUUUACCAUACCUCAUUCCUCUUCUGUCACAGAGACAGAGCAUCUGGGUAAUUCUGUGACCACCGUUGAGGUCAAUGGUAAUUAAGUCGUAUCUAUAAUAGCUUUCCUUAUCUCGAGUAGGGAGGACCAACUGAUUAACCCCAAUAACAAUGAUCGUGAUCAUAGAGGAGUGUUGAAUGUACCGCGAGAUUUAUAAAUCUAAAUAGAGGAAAAAGAAUUCUUUGGUCAAAUCAACUAAACUUUCGUAGAAUGUAUUUACAUUUAAUGAUUACGAAAAUAAAAAAUUGAAGAUUUUUAAAAGUAACGAUACUUAACAUGAUAAAGUAUCAGGCUUUACUUGAUAAUCGAUGAAAAUAAUUACUAACGAGGAUACAACUAAUCCGCGGUACUUCAUCAGAGAUUUUUAAUCUUUCUCAUGCUCCCACUUCGAACGAUACAAGUGUGCCAAUUACAAAUGUGCCAGUAUACAUGUGUUACACAUCAUUACUAUGAGGUAAUCGAUCAUGCGAUAGAGCAUUUGAUUCGUGUUAUAUUUUAGAAUAUUUCAUUGUAUUCAAUGUAUUUGCCCUUAGAUUUAGACGAUCAUAAAUUUAGCAGAUAUAUUUAUGAAUUUUUUAUUAUUUAUAUUUAAUACAAACAAUGUAUUUAAUCAUUUUCUUCUCUCUCUCUGUCUCUCUCUCUCUCUCUCUCUCUUUCUCUCUCUCUCUCUUUUUCUUUUUCUCUUUCUCUUUCUCUCUUUCUCUGUUUAGUUCUUCCAUUCCAUUUGAUUCAUUGAUCGUUUUGUACAUUUCGUUUAUUUGCAUUUAUUAUUAUUCUAUAUCGUGAAAAAUGCGUUUGUGCAUUUUAGAUAGAUUUAAGAAUCUCAUCGAUAUACGAUUACGUGAAGCUCGUUGACAGACUUCCUUUUAGUAUUAUAUUUAUUGAAUUGAAAGAAAAUAAUUAUAUGAUCUAAGAACUUCUUAUGCCUAACGAUGUGCAAAAAGCAUUGUUGUUCUCUUUUUGAAUUUUAUAGAUUUCAAAUAUUUUAGUGAGUAGUGACUCAACGUUUUUGAGGUUCCAUCAAUGGAACGAUAUUGUCGUAUAACUUAAUAUUAACACUAGUCUUACACAUUUAACAGUUACCAAACAUAUCGCAAACGUUACUAACAUCAAAUAUAUCGUAUUCCUUAAUACGUAGAAAUUAUUCGAUUAUACGUAUAAAUUAUGCAUAAUAAUAUAUGACAUAUACGUAUUUAUGUAAAUUAUAUACAUGUACUUGCUGUUUAGUGUGAUACACACACACGUACACGAAUACAUGAGUCAACACAUAAGCUCACUCCAAUCGAUCACUUGGACGUUCUUUCGUUUUCACUCACACUGUUUUUAUUAAUUCGUAUUGGAGAAAUAUUAAGUUAUCACACGCACACAUACGAGAGAAAAAAUAAAAAAAUGUAGUACAUAUAAGUAUAGACUUCGUAUCUAGAUAUAUUGCUCUAGAUAAUGUAUAUUACGUUUAUGUAUGAUAUUUGUACCUGAAGGUCGCACGUUUUGUUGAGAUCAUUUUGUUUAUUAAUAAAAUAUAUAGCAUUAUCGAGA